CUAAGAACUACACACAUUGAUAGACCUCCUCAGAAACACCGUUACCAUGACCCUGGACGCUCAGAAGCCGCAAAAAUCCCAGCAGGACCUGCUUGUCAAUGACUCUCUCCUCAAGAAGAUCGAUGCACUCCGGGCCAAAAACAUCGGCAAGCACGUACCGCUUCCCCAGGCAUGUGUCUCCCUGCAUCCCUGGGCCUUGGCCUCUGUCUCCCAUCAUUGCUAACCACGCAGCGCAGCUCGUUGUUGUCGGCGACCAGAGCUCGGGCAAGUCAUCCCUGCUGGAGAGCCUCACCGGCAUCCCCUUCCCGCGCGACGUGGAGCUCUGCACGCGGUAUGCGACUCAGAUCACCCAGCGUCGCGACGACGUGUCUCGCGUCGAGGUCAGCAUCAUCCCGGGACCGAAUGCGUCCGAGGCGCACAAGCGGCAUGUCGAGGGAUACCGCAGCCCCGCGCUGAACCCCGAGGACUUCCGCCAGCAGUUCCCGUCCAUUCUGAGAGAGGUCAAUGAGAGGAUGGGCAUCCGGAUGAGGCUUUCCUCGAAUGGCAGCUCCGAUUCCAGCUUCUUGUCUGCCCAGUUCGCCUCUGACGCCUCCUCGUCGGAAGACGACGGCCAGCCGGUCACGCGCCCCCAAGGAGGCAGCGUGUUCAGCGAGGACGUGCUCAAGAUCGAGAUUUGCGGCCCGUCGGUCGACUACCUCACCGUCAUUGACGUGCCGGGCAUCUUCCGCAUGCCCACCCCGGGCGUCACGACGAAGGCCGACAUGGUUCUGGUCAGGAAUAUGGUGCGAUGGUACAUUCAAGACAGCCGCACCGUCAUCCUGGCCGUGCUUCCCUGCAACAUCGAUAUCUCGAACCAGGAGAUCCUGACGCUGGCAGAGGAGUACGACAAGAAUGGCGAGCGGACCCUCGGCAUCCUGACCAAGCCGGACCUGGUGACGGAGCCGAGCGCCCAAGCCGCCGUGCGCAAUAUCAUCCUUGGGAAAAAGAAGCAGCUCAGGCUCGGCUACUACCUUGUCCGAAGCCGCGGCGCCGACAUGAAUGACGCUGACUUCCUCCACCGCGAGGAUGAGUUCAAGAAGGCGGCAUGGGCCAGCCUGCCGCCCCCGAGGGUCGGCGUCGGCGCGCUGAAGCGACGCCUUGCCGAGCUCCUGGGACACAUGGCCCGGCGUGAGUUCCCCAAGCUGCGGAAGGAGAUUGGCGAGAUGCUCCAUUCCGUCCAAAGGGAGCGAGACAGCCUGGGCCCGUCUCGCAAGGACGAGCAAGAGCAGCGCCGGUUCCUGAGCGGAGUGGCCCAGGAAUUCCAAGAGCUGGUGCGGGCUGGUCUCGAGGCUCAAUACGCGGUCAGCGCCGCGUUCGAGAAGUCCGCGGAGCUCCGUCUCGUAACGCGGGUGGUCAACCUCGCCGAUGCCUUCAGCGAUGAGUUCAAGCGCAAUUCGGUCCUCCGCCGCUUCGACACGAUCGACGAGCCAGUGAAAGUCGAGGCCAGCCCAUCGCGGGCCACGCCCGACUCGGACCGCUCAGACAGCAUCCUGGAAUUCGCCCGAGACAUUGACACCGAGGACUACCCGGAGCUCGAGAACAUCAUCAGUCACGACUAUGACAUCGAGGAACCAGAGGACGGCAUCCUCGACUGGAUCACCGACCUCUAUGUCCGCUCGCGCGGAAUGGAUCUCGGCACCUUCAGCAGCGCGGUCUGGGCGAGCGCGUGGACCGAGCAGUCCAGCAAGUGGCCGGCCAUGAGCAGGGCGUUCAUGAGCAAGGUCAUCGUGGCGGUCCACCGCUUCAUCAUGGCCGCGCUGGAAGUCGUGUGCGCGGACCCGCGCGUCCGCGAAGAGCUGUGGUCGGCCAUGCAGGACGAGGUGCUGCGGCGCUACGAGGCGGGCAUGGCGGCGGCCGAGUACCUGGCGUCUGCGGAGCGCGACACGAAGCCCUACACGCUGGACCGUCACUUCAACGAGCACCGGCAGCGCUGCCGCGGCGGGCGCAUCGCCGGCCUGCUGCAGCACGUCACCGGCCACAAGGACUACCAAGGCCUGGUGAGCAUCCGGCAGGUCAGCAACGUCACGGAGCAGAAGCCCAACAUCGAGGACAUCGUCGAAAAGCUGCACGACGAUCUCAGCGCGUACUACGACAUCGCGUGCAGCCGUUUCGUGGACAACCUCCUCAACCAGGCGGUCAACUACCAUCUCCUCUUCGGGCCGUCGACUCCUCUCGGCGUGUUCAGCCAGGAGUGGGUGAUCGGGCUGAAACCUGACCAGCUGGAGGCCAUUGCCGGCGAGUCCCCGAGCAUCAAGGAGCAUCGGGAGAGACUGGCCCAGAAGAUCAACGAUCUGACGGCCGCCAAGGAAAUUUUGCGGCAUUAGUGUGUGGCCUGAGCGAGGUCUCUCGAGAGCGCUGGCUCGUUUCGGAAUUCUUUGUUUGUAUGUGUAUGUGUCUGUGCGUGUGUUCGUGUGUUUUCAUCUGGUAUUGUUUGGUUGAAUCGUUUUCGCACAAAUUGCCGCCGUCU